AUGGCCCGGUGCCCACCGGGGAGGUGCAGCUGCAACGCCUCCCAGCUGCUCCCGCGGGUCUGCGAGCUGGGGGACGCGGUGGAGCGGCACCGCGUGGAGCUCCAGGAGCUGACGGGAGGCGGCGCCUUCGGCUCGCCGGAGCUGGCGGCGCUGGCGUCGGAGGGCGGGACCUUGGACCAGCGUUGCCGGGAGAACGCGGCCCAGGUGGCACGGCUGCGGGCGGAGGUGGCGGGCCUGGCGCAGGUGGUGGACCGCGACCGCGGCCGGGCGCGACAGCUGCACUCGGACCGGCGCCGGUUUUUGCAGCGCCUGGGCGACGCCGAGGCCUCGGAGCGGAGCCUUCGUUCCGUGGCCGCCGAAACCAACCAGCAGCUGCACCAAGAGAAGCGCUCCGCCGAGGAGAAGUCCUCGGGUCAGGAGCAGGUCCUGGCGCAGCUGGGCCAGGCCGCCGCCAGCGCGGAGCAGCGCUGCCGCCACGCCGAGACCUGCGCCGCGCGGCUCCGCGGCCAGGCCGCGGAGGCCGAGGCCGGCGCCGCCGCCGCGCUGCGCUUCGCGGGGGCCGAGGCGGAGCGCGGGAAGCGCCUGGAGAGGGAGCUGCAAAGCCGCCUGGAAGAUGAGCAGAAGAAGCAGCGCCAGGAGCAGGAGAGAAACGAGCAGAAGUCCGCGGAAGUUCAGAAGGAGUUGGAUGCAGAGCUGCAGCAGUGCGAACUGCUGCGGAAGGCGGAGCAUUCUUUGGCCACCCGCCUUGAGGAGAGUCACCGAAGAAGUGCGGUGACCGAGCACAAGGCGCUGAACGUGGCCCGCGAGCUGGUGGACUCAUCCCAGGCCAUCGCUUGGCUUCAAACUGAGGUUGCGGCCCAAAGGGACAGGAAGGCCGAGUUGGAUGAGCUCACCUGCCACAACAGCUGGCUGCGACAGCAGCUGCACAAAGCGGACUCAGCCGAUCCUGGGCACGGAGCUGGUGAUGUGAGUGAGGUGCCAGAGAGCCGCAAGGCCUUGCAGCUGGCCUGGGAGGGGGAGGCGCGAGAGCAUCGCGCGGCCCAGCGGCGGCUGCAGCUGCUGGAGGUUUCGUGCCUGGGCCCCGUUCCACCGUCGCAGUUCCCGCUUCGGAGUGUUGGUAUCAUGUUCCGAAAUCGAUCUUCGAUCUUCGUCCAAUUUGCCCAUGUGAGCUGA